CCCUCGCUCUCUCACUCGAUGCCUCUGCUCAGUCACACCACCCCCGGCCGGGCCACGUCGUCUGCUAUCUUGUUCUGAGCUCUCGUAAUUCCCAUCGCCCGAUCGUUUUCAGUGCUGUUUUAUUGAAAGUACCUUACUUACCUAAUCCCCCCUAAUUACGUCUCCGUGGUCUGGCCUGAUUCCCAUCCGUGAUCUGCAUAGAUCUACAACCUAAGCUCACCUCCUACAAGUACAAUUCACGCCGAGAAGCUCGAUACCUCCCGUCCCCGAGUGCUACCCUGUUUCCACAUUCCCAUCAUCUCAUCAAACCCAUUUACAAUCCAUCGAAAUCGCGACGAAGGCUAUUUUCUCGAGGCAACACAUGCUCUCGUCACAGUCGAUUAAACAGAUCACCAACCCCUUACCGCACCCCCAUCGAAAGAUAUCAUGAUGAAGAUGAACACGGUCACGAUGGACGAGUACGGAGCUCCGUGCUUCCCUCACGAGACCCUUCUCACCCCUCCCGAGUCCCCCGAGCUCAAGCCUCCCGAGGUCCCCGAAGUCAAAGAAGCUGCUUCCGACAACACCACCAGCAUUCCCAUCCGCAAGAGCAGAAGCCCCUCCUCCAAGAGAUGGAACGGCGACGGCAAGGGAAUCCAGGUCGAUAUCGGUGCCCGCCUGCGCGAGUACCUCGACUGCCUCAACAACCGCAAGUUCGAUGCCAUCGGCAACCACCUCGCCGACACUUUGAUGCGCAACAACCGCAGCCAAACACGCGAAGAGCACGUCGAACGUCUUCGGUCGCGAGUCGAGGGCCUCGCAAGCUUCAAGAUCAAAAUCGACACCCUUCUCGUCGACAAGAAGGCCCAGGCCGUUGCCGUGCGAUACAUCAACCGCGUCACGCUCGCCGAGGCAAUGAUGGACGUCGACCCUGUCGGCGCGACAUACGAAUUCGACGAGCAGUGUUUCGUGUGGUUCGACGACAGGGGCAAGAUCUCCCGCAUGCUCACGCUGCAGGAUAACGACGGCAUUCGCCUGCAGACACCCGAGGCCGCGACCACCCCACGCUUCUUCAUGCGGAGUCUUCCCGCGGAACCUAUUGAUCUGGCGGCAACCUACCGCAAGUACGUCGCAAGCAUCAACCGGCGUAGCAUGGUCAAGGAGUUCCCGCGCUAUUGUAAGAAGGAGCUGCGACACAACAACCGCGUUCUGUCGGUGCAGGACUACGCGCGCAGCAUGCAGUACAGCCAGGAAGCAAUUUCGGGACUGUGGUUCAAUAUCCAGGAGUUGCUCGUUGAUGAGGAGACGCAGCAGGUUGCUGUGAGGCUGCAGAUCUCGGGCACGCCGGUGCAGGAGUUUGCGGACGCCAAACCGAACGGAAAGAGCGUCAAGUUCCACCAGCACUGCAUGUAUCGCUACGACAAGGGGAAGAUUGCCCUCGUGUGGGCGACGAUGGAGCUUGAUUCGUACCGCAGACAGUUGCAGGAGAAGCCUGGCGACAGGAGAACGUCGUCCAUGCUGGGCAUCAACUGAGCUCAGAGACACAACAAUCUCACCAGGGCUGUAUUGUAUUAUUAGCUUACGAUGUGACGGACUUUGGGAUUACUUUGGAAAGGCGGGACCCGGAAAGGUUCGGAGCGUGGCGCUCUGACGCUGGGAGUUUUGGAUCUUCUUGGGUUCAUGGUCAGCUUUGAGAUAAUUGUAAUACGCGGUUGCUACAUGGCAACAUAUCUCCCCAGACAGACUUGAGACCCAAUUCUCAGUGACAAUGUACU